UUGAGAAAAAAUUGAACAAAAGGGGCAACUUGUGUAAAAAAAUCGUCUUGAAAAAAUUAUUUAAAAUAACUUAAAAAGUAAAAAAUUCAAGUUAAUAAGUUAAUAACUGUUUAUUCAAUAUUAAAAUAUAAAGGAUACAAUUAAAGAUGCCCUCAUCUGAUUCAGGGGGCUAUGUUUCUCUUUCUGAGGGUGCAAAUGUGUACAAAUCAACUACAGAACCAACAAAAUCAUUAUCAGUAGUAGAAACGGUUAAAAAAGCUAUCGAGAAUGCUUUUAACUCAAAUGAAAUUGAGAUCUCAAACUUUUCUGCAUGUAACGCAAGAGAUCAGAAAGAAAUUAAAACGAUAAGCAAAACUACUUCAAUCAGAAUGCCGUCAGCUCCAUCACAUACUGCAGAAUCUACUAGACUCCUUGGCACAAUGCCAGCUGAACUAGAUGAUAUAGAAUUACGUUCUGUUCAACUUCAACAAUCCCAUUCACGUGAUUCAAUUAGUAAUGCUUGCGAUGUGCACUGCAUUUCAACUGAUAAAGGAGACAUUGCGGUUGCCGUGCAAGGUGAUCUUUCAAAACCAGCUAUUUUAACUUUCCAUGAUCUCGGCUUAAAUUAUGCAUCAACAUUUACUGGCUUUUUUAACUACCCAACUAUGAGAGCUAUGUUAGAAAAUUUCUGUGUUUUUCAUGUUACAGCUCCUGGUCAAGAAGAAAAUGCACCAACUUUUCCAGAAAAUUUCAUUUAUCCAACUAUGGAUGAGUUAGCUUCUCAAUUGCUGUUUGUUAUGUCACACUUUGGAUUGAAAAGUAUCAUUGGAUUUGGGAUUGGUGCUGGGGCAAACAUUCUAGUUCGAUUUGCGAUGAAUAAUCCUGAUAAAGUAGGUGCCCUUUGCUUGGUAAACUGUAGCUCAACGCAAGCUGGAUGGAUCGAAUGGGGCUAUCAAUCUUUGAAUUCUAGAAAUUUAAGGGCUAAAGGAAUGACACAAGGUGUUUUAGAUUAUUUGAUGUGGCAUCAUUUUGGUCGUAAUCCAGAAGAGAGAAAUUUAGAUUUAGUGCAAAUGUAUAAAUCGUAUUUCGAGCGUUCAGUAAAUCCUAUAAACCUUGCAAUGUUCAUUGACUCUUAUGUCAAGCGUACGGAUAUGAAUAUUGCAAGAACUCCAACAGGUAGUCCACAAAGUGCUACCCUAAAAAUGCCUGUUUUAAACAUAACCGGAUCUUUGUCUCCCCAUAUUGAUGAUACUGUUACGUUUAAUGGACGUCUGGAUCCCUCAAAAACUAAUUGGAUGAAAAUUAGUGAUUGUGGACUCGUUCUCGAAGAACAGCCUGGAAAACUAGCACAAGCAUUUAGACUUUUUUUACAAGGUGAAGGAUAUGCUGUUGGUGCUUUACAAAAAUUAUCCCGUGAACCUACAAUUGAAACCAUUAAUUAAUUUAUUCAUUAAAUUAGAAAACAAUAUUCCUAAAAUCAACCAAUGCAUUAAAAAUUUAACAUAAAACUAUUUAUAUAAAAAAGUCAAAAAUAAAAAUUUUAUAACUUACAGACU